CUUUUGCAAUACUUGCGCGUAUUUUCUCGUAACAAUAGUACUUUUAACAAAUUUUAAAUAAAUACAAUAAAGUUUUGUAAUACAAUAACAAACGAUGUAUUUAACGCGUCGGUUACCACGUCUUUGCACCGGCACAACACAGUUUCUUGCCACCAGCAGCGGAAGAUUCAAUAGCAAAGUAGCUGCGUCGGAAGAUCGCAUCGAAAUACCAAACCGCGUACAACGUUCUCCUACUGACAUAUUAAAUGCAUUGGCUAGCACAGUAGGGCGUGAUCCUACGGCACCACAUUAUAAAUAUCAUGACGAUCCCUACUUAAUACCAAUGUCUAAUGUGGGUAAACGUACAUUUGCUAUGGCACAAGAGGCCGGACGUAAAGCUGCUAAGUUUAUAAAGGAGGAACAUCGCGACCUUUUUAAGCACCAAGAAGCUCAACCGUCUAUUGAAGCAUUUGCACCACAAAUGGUAUUUACCGAGGAAUCCGAUGUAAAUGCUGAUACAUUGCAAAACUUGAUUCGACACUCGCAAAUAACCGAUGCCAUAACAGUAUACAAUUUGAUGAAGCAAAAAGGUAUUGAAAUCACCAACGAUACGAAACAGCAAUUACUCGAGCUCAUAUGCUUUUAUAACAACGAGGAACCAUUGCCGGAAGAGUGGAUUGAGGAACGUUGGUUUAAGGCAAAUGCAGAUGCACGUGAGCGCAAUCGUAAAACUUGGAAGGAUGGCGAACUAGCUGAACAGCUUUUCGGUGAAAUAGAACCUAAAACUGCGCAAUCGUAUGCCGCACUUAUAAGGGGCAUGUCAAAGUAUUUCCAAGCUGAACGCGCUUAUGCACUGCUACAAGAAGCCACAGAGAAACAAUUUGAGUUAGACACGCAAACCUUUAACGCCGUUAUAAGUGUAUCGAAUUUUUUAAAAGAAACAGCGGAUCAGCGUUGGGAGCUAUGUCGCGACUUACUUCAACAAAUGGCUCAUCAACAUUUGCGUCCUAAUUUGAGCACAUUAAAUGCGUUACUAGAAGUGGUGAGCACUUUCGGCAACUUCAAAUUCGCACGCAGCUCCGCUCUAAAAGUACUCGCAGAAUUCAAACAAUUGGAAAUUGUACCUAGCCUAGGUACAUACUACUAUCUAUUGAUUAUAUUCUGUCGAGAGCGAGGACCUGUUUCACAUAUAAUAGUCGAUAUCUUGAAUGAGAUAAAGGGGUGUGAAUUUACUAUACAGCAUCCGAAGGACACAUAUUUCUUUGCUACCGCCAUGGAUGUGUGCCGCAAUCACUUACAUGACAAAUCCCUAGCCAAGAAAAUCGACGAAUUAUUGCAUACUGGGAACAAUUACGAUUUGAUUGGGGAUACCUAUAAAGAGUCGGUAUACUAUCGACAUUAUUUCGCGCUACUCUGUCAGACUGAACCUAUCGAUGAGUUUAUGAAGAUAUACGAUUUACUUGUACCUAAUGUGUACAUUCCAGAACCGGGUAUAAUGGAAGAAAUAUUGAAAGCUGUCGAAAUGAAUGGCGCUGUCGAGCUAAUGCCGCGCUUGUGGUCCGACAUGGUGAUUUUUGAUCACAUAUCACGUGAAAGUUUAGUCACACGUACACUCCAAAUAUUAGUUGAUAAUCCUGCCCACGCAGAUAUACCUUCUCAUCAAUCUAUACCUGAGCAAGUGGGUAAAAUCGCGUUGGAUAUUUAUAAGAAAAUUGCCGAACCCGAAGGACGGCGGCCAAAGGAUUUGCAGUUUACAGGUAAAAUGAUUGGUGAUAUAUUGAUGUUAUUGGUGAGAAGUGGUGAUUUUGAAAAAGCUAGCGAGGUGUUUACCCAUAUCGACAAAAACCAACAUCGCAUACCUGGCACACCGUCCGAAAAAUGUCUUCAGGAGUAUGUUGACAGUUGCAUUGAGAAUAAGGCGCCUACAAAGGCUCUAACUUGCUUGCAAUAUGCUGUCGAAAAUAAUAUGGACUCACAACCAAUGGCUGAAAGAAUCAACGCUGGUUUCACCCUUAAUGAGGUACAUUUAUCGAAACUUAAAUCACUGGUUGGGGAAAACUUCGUAAGCAAGUGAAUUUGUUAAAAAGGAUGAUCUGUAGUUAUUUUGUAUUUAAACUAGUUUCGUAAUGAUUGAAUAUCUUUGUUGUGGCAAUAAAGUUGAUAAUUAAGAACAAAUUUAAAAA